UUAAUUGGCUCAGAAUUAUAUCUGAAGAAAAAGCUUUUAAUUUGUCCCCCCAAAACUAAUUGAGUCUUAACAUUCGUUGCUUUGCUGAAUUAAAUUUGGUUUUGAUUUUUUUUUUUUGGUGAUCAUACAAUUAGGGCUUGAGUGUUGUUGUAUUUGAAGUAAAAAUGUUGAUUUGUUUUAGCUUUAAUAUUUAAUUAUUGUCAAGAGUUUUUAGAUAAUAGAGAUUGGUAAAGAUGAGCAUGGCUGGCACCGAGAGUUCCAAAGAUGGUUCAGGUUAUGCAGAGCCUCCUCAUAUUCUUGAGAUUGAUCCAACUUGUCGCUACAUUCGGUAUAAAGAUGUCCUUGGGAAAGGUGCCUUCAAGACAGUUUACAAGGCCUUUGAUGAAGUUGAUGGGCUUGAAGUAGCAUGGAACCAAAUUCGAAUUGAUGAUGUGCUACAGUCACCAGAUGACUUAGAGAGGCUGUACUCAGAAGUGCAUCUCUUAAAAUCACUGAAACAUAGCAAUAUAUUAAAGUUUUACAAUUCGUGGAUCGAUGAUAAGAACAAGACUGUUAAUAUUAUCACUGAGUUGUUCUCCUCUGGCAACCUUAGACAGUAUUGUAAGAAACACAAAAAGAUUGAGAUGAAGGCUGUGAAGGGAUGGGCAAGGCAGAUUUUGACAGGUUUGAACUACCUUCACAGUCACAACCCACCAAUUAUACAUAGGGACCUCAAGUGUGAUAACAUAUUUAUCAACGGUAACCAAGGAGAAGUUAAAAUUGGAGAUCUCGGGUUGGCAACUGUCAUGGAGCAGGCUACUGCCAAAAGUGUAAUUGGAACUCCUGAGUUUAUGGCACCUGAACUAUAUGAUGAGGAUUACAAUGAGUUGGCCGAUAUAUAUUCAUUUGGCAUGUGCAUGCUAGAGAUGGUGACUUUUGAAUAUCCUUACAGUGAAUGUAGAAAUUCAGCUCAAAUAUACAAGAAAGUUUCAUCUGGAAUAAAGCCUGUCGCACUCUCUAAAGUAAAAGACCUAGCAAUGAAACAAUUUAUUGAGAAAUGUUUGGUCCCAGCAUCUCAAAGGCUGUCAGCAAAAGAGCUUUUGAUGGACCCUUUUCUCCAAGUAAACAAAUUGGCAAAGAAUCGUUCUCUACCACUUCCAGAUAUAGUUCUUCCCAAAAUGGGAGCUUUUGGAGAUCGUUGGUUGAUGUCAGAAGGACCUGCUAGCACACGAAAUAAACCCCAUUCCAUAGAUGCUGACAAUGAUGGUAAUCUACGCAUUAUCACCACUAUUGAUGAUGGGUCCCAUUCUCUGUGUGUGGAGGUAAAAAGAGCACAAAAAGAAAAUUCCUUUUGGUUAAAAGGUGAAAGAAAUGAUGAGCACUCGGUCUCAUUAAUACUUCGAAUAGCUGAUCGGAAUGGUCGUGCAAGGAAUAUCCACUUCCUAUUCUACCUUGAUAGUGAUACAGCCAACUCAGUUUCAAGUGAGAUGGUUGAGCAACUAGAAUUAGCUGAUGAGGAUGUUAUGUUUAUAGCGGAGUUGAUUGAUUUGUUGUUGAUGAAGUUAGUGCCUAAAUGGAAGCCUUGUGUUCACAUUGAUCAUCUGGUUGCUCCAAAUGGAAUACAAACUCAUGAAGCCCAUCAAGAAGUCUCUCAGUUGCUAAAACAUGAUGGAAACUUAGUACAAUCACACCGAAAUGCAUGUGAGGCCGGUUUCACCAAUUCUACUUCCUCUGGUGGGUCCAUUCAACCAGUACAGGAAACCAAUGACAAACUUGAAGAGAUCAGGUCUCAUGAUAAUUUUGGUCUUCAAAGUGCAACCACGACUGAAGAUCGGUGUUCUGAGAUAUUAUAUGUUUCUGCAACCUCUUCUGAAUUGAAUGAUAAAAAUAGUUCUAUUGAUUCAUACACGUCUGCAGAGAUGGGGUAUGGGCUGGACAGAAGAGUGAGGGAAUCCCCAUCUGAAGCGGAAAUGGGUGCAUCCCCUGAUCACAGUAGCAAGGUUAUAGAUUUGGAAAGCAGCAGUUUAGUGACUUUCCCAGCUUAUACAAUCAAUUAUGAUCAAGAUGGAGAUGAGGAGUUGAGAAUGGAGAUGGAAAUGAUUGAGCUGCAGUACCAGGAGGCCAUUAGAGAAAUAUCCAAGAGAAGACAUGAAGCUAUCAUGGAGACAAGGAGGAGGAGGUUGUCUCAGAAAAAAAUAGAGUCAGUUUGUUAGUCAAUUCUUGUAGUUAUUUGUUUUAUUUCCUUCCCUCUUUUUCCUCCUUUUCUCUUCCUUGAAAGUGUAAAUAGUUUUUUCUUGAAAGUGUAGAUAGUUUUUUCUAAGAAGAGAAAAUUAAUUGUAAUUA